AUGCGCGCCCUCGCACGUGCAGCGUCGCUCCUGCGCCGCGCCGUGGACUGCACGCCGCAGCUCGGAUCCUUCGGCCGAGACGCCCCGCUCGUCAGCAAGAUAUUGCCAAAUGUCUACUUCAAUCGGUACUCUACUCAUUUAGCUCCAGCAAAUGGAGUGCUGAUUCCACCGGAACUUCUAUCUAGCAAGAGUGUUUGGACACCAGACAGAGAGCUAGGGCAGUAUGAGGACCUAGUAGGUAGAGUAACAAACUUCCAUAAUGAGGACAAGGGAUUCAUGGUUUUGGAUGGUGAUGUUUUUGAUGUUCCAAUUAGGAAGGAUAUUGUUCACAGAGUAGUAAGGUGGCAACUUGCUAAAAGGCAACAGGGGACACACUCAACUAAAACUAUCAGUGAAGUGAGUGGCACGGGAAGAAAGCCUUACAAGCAAAAAGGAACUGGAAGAGCACGCCAUGGAACGCUGCGUGGUUGUCAGUUUCGAGGUGGUGCGACCAUGCAUGGCCCUAAACCACGAAGUCAUGCAUUCAAGCUGCAAAAGAAAGUACGACGCCUAGGACUUAAAAUAGCGUUGUCUGCCCGAACAGCUGAGGGGAAGCUCUGCAUCUUUGAGGACUUGGAAGUCCCUAGCCACAAGACGAAAAACAUUGUGCAGUACAUAAAGCAGAUGGACGAUACGAAGAAGGUCUUGUUGGUGGAUGGAGGCGACAUUGAUAAGAAGUUGAAGCUAGCAACUCAAAAUCUUCACUAUGUGAAUGUCAUCCCAUCCAUUGGCCUCAAUGUGUACAGCAUCCUGCAGCAUGACACCAUUGUGAUGACUCGAGACGCCAUCAACAGAAUCGUCGAGCGGAUGCACACCCCCAUCAGCCGCUAGGAAGCAGGGCUUUAGAUCCCACACACUGCUUUGUUUCAAAUGUGCUUUGCUCCCCUAAGCUCCCAGGCCGCAACUUUGCGCUGAACUGGUGAAAGAAAGUAGCUGUGACAGCAUUUUUGUAUCUUCUCAAAAUGCUACACUUGCAUGAGCUAGUUGUUCCAACAGCCUGAAAUUCUGCUGAAUGUAAUGUGCUAAAGUAGGUAUCGAUGCAUGCCGCCCUUAGUAGGAUACUCAAUAAACGAAGUAUAUCUUUGUCUGAAAAACUCGGGAUUUAAAUCAAAGUGGUUUGCAAUUGAC